AUGGACACCAUCAAACGGGUCCGCCCGACAAGCGACGACGAAGAACCAUGGAAAGGCCUAGAGUUCAAUCAACGAUUUGGCUCCGACAGAUUAUAUGACGAGCUCAAAAAAAAAUACCCCCAAUAUACAUGUCUACGGCAGAGACAGCAUGCAGCUGUAAUUGCGUUUCUGCAACAAGAACUCCAAGUCAUGGCGAAAAAGGAAGCAGCUUUAGAAGCAUCUGCUCCCAAACAAGGUGAAGAGAAUUCUAUAUCCCUUCUUCAGGGUGUAGAAAAGUCACCGCAACCAGCUAUGGGUGUCCACUACUCUGGGAGAAAAUCUGCGAACGCGAUGUUGCCCAAAGAGCCUGCUGCUGUGUCAAGCACGGAGCACGGGCUAUACGUUACUUUCAAUCUAUCAAACCAGCCUAUGGAGUUUCCCCAUAAAAGAAGGAAGAUGAAUCCCACAGAGAAAGCUUCAUACAAAAGAACUAGGGCGAAGGGGGCCUGUGAUAGUUGCAAGCGUCAAAAAGUUAAGGUGGAUAUUCUC